AAAUUUGUUUCACCUCAAGACACAUUCAUCACGUCUAUGUAAAAAAGAGUGGAGCAAAUGUGCCCCUAGCGUUGCCCCUUUUAAAUGUGUUCGUCGUCAUCCUUCUACCUUCUGCGAAGUUAUUACUACUCCACAUUAUCUUGCAGUAUUAUACUCCGUAUUAGGGAGCGUAUUAUAUCUUCCAAUCCUUUAUCUGUCAUUCCCUUUCCAAGAAAUAAAACAAAAAUCUCUUUCUUUGAUUAGUUUCCUGAGAAAAGGGAUUCCAGUUUCAGAGGUUUCAGCGAUGGAGCCACCCGGGAACGGCGCCGCAUCUUACGAUUCCGCGAAUCAGAUAAUCCUCCGGUGGGACUCCACUGCGUCUGAAGCCGCCAGAGAGAAGAUGAUCUUCGGCGGUGACCGGAAAGAGGCCGACCUGUACUUGCGUGCCGUAGAUGAAAUCCAGCGGUCAAUGGAGUCGGCCACGCUCUCCGAUGACCGGAGCAAGGCUAACUUCGCGAUCCAGAUUGCCAUGGCUCGGCUCGAGGACGAGUUCCGGAGCAUCCUAAUUGCUCACUCCAGCCCUAUCGAACCAGAUUCGCUGCUCGAAUCGAGCUGUUCCUCUUCCAGCAUCGGUUACAGCUCGAGGAGUGCCAGCAUCGGGAUGAGCUCGGGGGAACGAGAGUUCACGAGCUUCGACUUCGGAGAUGAGAGUCCGUUGGCCGACGAAUUAGAGCUUCCGGAGAGCCGGAGGAGCAGCUGCAGUUACAGAUCUAUGAGUAGCAUCAUAGAAAUCGACCUCAUGCCGCCGGACGCAAUCCUCGACCUCAGGAGCAUCGCCGAGCGGAUGAUUUCCGCCGGAUAUCUCCGCGAGUGCGUCCAGGUGUACGGCAGCGUCCGGAAGUCGGCGGUGGAAGCGAGCUUCAGGAAGCUCGGUGUGGAGAAGUUGAGCAUCGGAGAAAUCCAGAGGAUGGAAUGGGAGACUGUUGAAGUGAAGAUCCGUCGCUGGAUAAGGGUGGCCAAAUUGUGCGUCCGCAUACUCUUUGCCAGCGAGAAGAGGCUCUGCGAGCAAUUAUUCUGCGGAUUAGGCACUUCCACCGACGAUGCUUUCUUCACGGAGACGAUUAAAGGUCCUGCUAUUCAGCUUUUUAAUUUCGCCGAAGCUAUUAGCAUAAGCAAGCGAUCCCCUGAGAAAUUGUUUAAGAUUUUGGAUCUUCAUGAGGCUCUGUCCGAUUUACUCCCUGAUAUUGAAGUAGUUUUUGAUUCAAAAUCCUCCAAGUCCAUUAGGGUUCAAGCUGAUGAGAUAUUGUCUAGGUUAGGGGAGGCAAUCAGAGGGAUACUUUCUGAAUUCGAAAAUGCCGUGCUCCGUGAACCUUCAAGAGUUCCAGUCCCUGGAGGGACUAUUCAUCCAUUGACAAGGUAUGUGAUGAAUUACAUCAAUCUGAUCUCUGAUUACAAGCACACAUUGGAUGAAUUGGUCGUUUCAAAUCCGUACUCAAGAGACCCUAACGCGCCCGACAUGGAUUUGGACGAGGCAGAUGGGAGCACCCCUUUGGCGCUUCAUUUCGUUUGGAUAAUCAUUGUUUUACAAUUCAACCUAGAAUCAAAAUCCAAGCACUAUAAAGACACUUCAUUGCCAUACCUCUUCAUGAUGAACAAUGUUCAUUACAUUGUUAAGAAGAUCAAAGGCUCGCCCGAGCUAAGAGUAUUGAUUGGGGACAACUACUUGAAGAAGCUAACAGGAGGGUACAGGCAAGCUGCCAUGAAUUACCAGAGGUCAACAUGGGUGAGGGUUUUGUAUUGCUUGAGAGAUGAAGGGUUGAAUGCGGGUAGCUUCUCAUCAGGGGUAUCAAAGAGCGCGCUGCGAGAGAGGUUUAAGAGCUUCAAUGCCAUGUUCGAAGAGGUUCACAGAACACAGUCAACAUGGUUUAUACCAGACGCUCAGCUUCGGGAAGAGCUAAGGAUAUCCAUGUCGGAACGAUUGAUCCCUGCUUACAGAUCAUUUCUUGGGCGGUAUAGGAGUCACAUUGAGAGCGGACGACACCCAGAGAAUUACAUUAAGUACUCAGUCGAGGAUCUGGAGAAUGCCAUUCUUGAUUUCUUUGAGGGGAUCCAAGUGUCACAGUACUUGAAGAAGGCACCUCACUAGCUAGGGAGGAUCAGUCAUUGGUUUGUUGUUUGAAUGAUUGGAUGAACUUUGAAUAUUCAGAACAAGGCUGAAGAUUGAAGAAGACACAUUUAUAUAUUCAUGUAAGCUCAUCUCCAGUUCUCCCAUGUUCUUCCACUUUGUUGUUUUUUUAUUUUCCCACUUUCUUUUUGUUCUUCUU